AUGUCUUCAACCUCGGAGUCCUUCACGGCUCGCUUGCAGCAUGUAGCAACACAGCCGAAUGCCUCACGCCUGGCUACCUACGAGAGACUCAUUUCGGAACUUUUGCAGCAGCCUUCAAGCGAGCUGAAUCGCGAAGACCUGCUCGGAGCUGCGUCCGCCUACCUGCGAUACGCGGUCUUCAGCGAGCAAAACUCUACCGGCGGUGGCCUUGUCAUCGGCAGACAAGCUCUCACUGUGCUCGAGCAGCAUGCAGGACGGAUUGCAGAGGGAUAUGAAUCUCGACGCCGCGACAAGGACAGGAUGCAGGAUGACGAGGACGGUGGGAUUCCUGCGAUCGCCGACAGAGAUACACGGCGACAAUUGCUCGAGAAUGCCCUAGACCAACUCCAGCCUCGGGUAAUCAGCUUUGAGGAACAGGCAUCGAGUCUUCGAAUGCAGCUAGCGAGCCUGCUUGAGGCGGAGGAGGAUUGGAACGAAGCCGCGCGCGUUUUGUUGGCGGUUCCCUUGGACUCGGGUCACCGCAACGUCUCGGACCACUUGAAGCUUUCGAUCUACGUGCGGAUCGUGCGUCUGCUGCUCGAAGGCGACGACCCAGUGGCGGCAGAUAUGUAUCUCAAACGCGCCAGCAUGAUCAUUCACAAUGUACCCGGCGCUCUUCCGUCCCAGUAUCGGCAACAGCAGCAGGAGGAAGGCCAAGCGGCAGCCGGUUCGGCACCAUCUUCAACCGCAGGAGAGGACGCGCAAGGCGACGCGCAGGAAGCAGGGACAGGUGCCGCAGCAAGUGGUUUAAAGUACAGACUUGAGGACCCCAAGCUUUUGGGUUUACAGUAUCGACUUUCUCAAGCCCGCGUCUAUGAUUCGCAGCGACGCUUCUCCAAGGCCGCGAUUCGGUACCACGAGCUGAGCUAUGUCGCCGAGAUCGACGAAGACGAUCGUGCUAUGAUGCUGUCCGCCGCUGUGACGGCUGCCAUCCUGUCGCCAGCCGGACCGCAGCGAGCAAGGACGCUUGCCAUGCUGAUGCGCGACGAGCGUGCGCCAUCGCUGCCCCAGUACACCAUCCUGUCCAAGGUCUUUUUGGACCGUGUAAUUCGUCCAGACGAGAUAGCGAGCUUCGAAAAGUUGCUUUCUCCUCAUCAGAUUGCCGAGCUCGCGCCUGCAUCUGCCUCAGGCACGUCGAUGGCCGCGACAACCACCGAGGGAGCGCGUGGGAACAAGUCGAUCCGACAUGCGCCAUCGACGGUGCUAGACAGGGCCAUGAUCGAGCACAACGUGUUGAGUGCAUCGAGGUUGUACGACAAUAUCACGCUGGCUGGGCUGGGAGCCCUAGUGGACUUGAGCCCUACGGGGGCAGAAGACAUCGCACGCAGGAUGAUCAUGCAAGGACGACUCAAAGGGUGGAUCGACCAGGUAGACGAUAGCAGCACACGAAGCGGUGGUGGAGUGCUCUUCUUCAUCGAUCAGGAGCGACGUGGUGAGGGAGAGACGACGGCAGGAGGGCUCGAAGCUACCAAGGUGGAGAGCAGCGGCGGCGACGGCAGCGCCAGUGGAGGAGCGACGGCAGAAAGCGGUCCCGGCGGCAGUGCCGGCACGGGCGACGUGGAUACCAAGUGGACUCGCAGAUGGGACCAGCAGAUUGCUCAAGUAACGCGUGCAUUAGAAGAUGUCUGUCAGAGGAUCAAUCAGAUCUCUGCAGCUUCGAUAUUGUCGACGGCAAAAGGCAUCGUCGCUUAG